AUGGAAAUCUCCACGAGCGUGCAGACACUCAUUAACACGUUUGAGCUUAUGACACAAGCCAACGCUGUGUCAGCCUCGGUAUCACGAUCUAGGUCAGCAUCGGGAUUCAAGAAGACCCUGCCAAACGCUGACAAUACACCGGUGACGACAUUCGUCGAGCGCAUGAAGACUCAGCACUCGUGCAUACAGUCAAAAGUUACGGAACUGAACCAGAAGGCAGAAAAAGCUGUAGAACCCCAAAAGGAGCUAGAAAAGGAGACAGAAGAAGACUCGGCUGCCACAUCGAUAAAAUCUGCCGCGUACAAGGGCCUCACAAUCAAUACGUCAAACAAAUACGACACCACGGUUCGCGACUCCUGCAACUCCACUUUCUACUCGAUGGCCUCUCACACCCCAUCAGCGUAUUCGACGGCCUCAACAUGCUCUCUUGACUCGCUUCUUAGUUUGUCAGAUCUCCUGCCCGAGGAACUGCAGGUAUCAAGCAAGACUAGACCCGAAAUCGUCGUCAAACGCUCCCGGCCCACACUCGAUGAACACUCGCAGCAGCAAACAGCUUCAAAGUUAACCGCGCCAACCUGUAGUGUGCUCAUCAGAAAACCGCUAUCCACGAAAAAGAAAGAGUCGUCAAAUCUAGGGUCCAAGUCAACAUGCCGUUCUUCCAAAUCGACACGGAAUGUUAUGGUGCCAUCGCCACUCGCGAGGACUCUCUCAACUUCAUCGUCUUCGCCUAGAUACAUGGACUACGACAGUUCGCCGCGCUAUGCGGCCACAAAAGCCUGGAACAUGGAGCGACGUCGCCAGCUAGAAGAGCGCAAUCGCAGCUUUGCCGCCAAUAAGGCAAACAAACACCCAAGCAGCAAAACUGCCCACGUUGGUGCGGCAGGGACGGUUGCAAUUGUAAAAUGUCAAGGACAUGAUCCAGGACGCAAAAGACCAAAAUCAGCAGCAGCGUGA